CAUGAACCAUGAAUUCAAACCUCGUCGGAAAACCGACAAUCGCCGGGAAGUCAACGGAUCCAGUUCAACCAACGCAUCUCCACCCGAAGAUGAUUUUACACGAGAGCACAUCACCGGAGGGUGGUGUCCUGGCAUGGAUCCCAAAGUCGAUUACUCUGGACAUUUCGAAUUUGGUGGUUCGCUCGGAAAUUUAGCACUCAUGCUCGGAUUCCCCCUCCUGAUGUACUACAUGUGGAUCGGCGCUACAUACUACGACGGGAAGCUUCCUCUUCCUCAGAGCGGACAAUCGUGGAAGGAUUUUGGGAUUCAUUUGCUUCGUCUUGUUUAUACAGAGGCGUAUCCUAACUUCAGGGCGUGGCGCAUAUACUGGACAUACUACAUCUUUGAAGGGGCAUGCUACGUUCUCCUACCUGGAUUUACCUGCUACGGGAAGCCCCUCCUACAUUUGGGAGGAAAGCAGUUGGAGUACCACUGCUCUGCAUAUUCCAGUUUCUACUUCACAAUCUUGGUCAUGAGUAUCCUUCAUUACACAGGGUUCUUCCCAAUUUAUACUUUCCUGGAUGAGUUUGGACCCCUCCUUUCCGUGGCGAUUCUCUCGGGGUUCAUUGCCAGCUUCGUCGCUUACUUUUCUGCCUUCGCGCGAGGUGCACAGCACCGAAUCACCGGGUACCCUAUAUAUGACUUCUUUAUGGGUGCCGAAUUGAACCCACGUAUGUUCGGCAUUCUGGACUUCAAGAUGUUUCACGAGGUGCGCAUUCCGUGGUUCAUCCUUUUUGGAUUGAGCUUUGCAGCUGCUACCAGGCAGUAUGAGCGCUACGGAUAUGUAUCCGGAGAAGUUCUAUUUCUAGUGAUGGCACACUUCCUUUACGCCAAUGCGUGCAGCAAGGCUGAGCAUCUGAUCACAACCACCUGGGACAUGUACCAGGAAAAAUUCGGCUUUAUGUUGAUCUUUUGGAAUAUGGCGGGUGUGCCACUUUCCUACUGCCACUGCAUAUUGUACCUCGCCAAUCGCCACCCCUCAACGUACGCCUGGAACAAGUAUGCCUUGGCGGCACUUUUUGUGUCGUACCUGUUCGUCUAUUGGGUCUGGGAUACAGCGAAUAGCCAGAAGAACUCAUUCCGCAUGAUGGAGCGAGGUACAUUCGUCAAGCGCAGGACAUUCCCUCAACUCCCUUGGCAGGAGGUCUACAACCCGAAGACUUUGGUGACGGAGAACGGUGAUACAAUUCUGGCCGAUGGAUGGUAUGGGCUAGCCCGCAAAGUCCACUAUAGCUGUGACAUGUUCUUCGCACUGUCUUGGGGGUUGAUCACUGGCUUUGAAAGUCCUUUCCCUUGGUUUUACCCGCUUUUCUUCAGCAUUAUGAUUGUCCAUCGUGCCAGAAGAGAUAUCACCAAGUGCAGAAAUAAAUAUGGUGAGACUUGGAAACAGUACGAGAAGACAGUGCCAUACCUUUUCAUUCCGUAUGUGAUCUAG